AUUCACACUUAACCUUUGCGCAGGUAUUGUCCGACGUGAACGAAAGCAUAUAGGUAGAGGUCUACAGACACACUGGCGUGCCUGUUCAUACACAUACCAAGGCAAGCAACCAGUGACAGAGAGAUAUGUGUCGUCCUUUCUCAUGAAAUGGUCAAACUCAAAUGAAGAACCCAUUGUUCCCGGAUUUUGCUUGACCUAGUGACGAUUUGAGGAGAUACGCUUUCCAUACCCAUCGGAAUUUGCAAUAGAUAACCGUUGAACACGGUUCUCGGAAACCACAGAUUUGCAAAUAACUUCUGGAUUAUUUCCCAGCCAUUCACUGAAUAACCGUUGGGAGGAACUUUUAGAAGGGGGUUAUGCAUAAUCAGUGAACUGCGAACGUUCCAUGUGACAGUCUGGCUUAUGAAUGCCCCGAAGGGUCUGGUUCACAAUCGUGUGAACGGCAAAAGCUCUGUGCUGGAUCAGCUAACACGUACACAUGGUUAACAUCCAUUCCUGCUACCAGGUUGUUACCAUCUGGAUUCUCCUACACAUGGUUCUGCACGUAUCUUCUCUAUCCGUGCACAUCGAAGUAAGUCCGGAGGCGAUAUCGGUACCAGCAGGAACUCGAGUUCGCAUCCGGUGCAGCAUGGACGGUGCUAACUCAAAAGUGGCUCUUGUCCUGUUGCGCCAGCGCUUUGGACAAGCCAAAGCAGAAUCCGUGGAUCACAGCGCGGGCAGCACGGUGAUUGGGACAACGCAACAACAUCUGGAAGAAGAUUUCUUUUUGGUGAUGACAGAUCAAGACAACAGAGCUGAACUGUUUUGUGGGGUAAACGGAGCUGGAACAGACACUACUUUAGUGCGAUCCACGGAUCCUCCAAAUGGCGUGCACGUUACCGCGUCGCCAGCUGGGCCCGUAACCGAAUCGAUAACAAAAAAGUUUACCUGUAGACUCAAUUCCAGCGGAAGCAAUCCUCCAAGUGACAUACAAUGGAUGCAGCUCGAUUCUGCUGGAGCCCGACUACCAAUGACAGACGUGGAAAUUACCCCAACUGAACAGAUGUCUUCUCCAACCGGAGGUUACCUUUCUCACUCAACUCUGACCGUGAACGCCAGAAGGUCUAGCAACGGAAGACGAUUCGAGUGUGCUGCCAUUUACUUGCAGAAAAGAACAUCUCUUCGUUCCGAGGAAAUUUUGGAAGUGUUAUUCGCACCGAACAAUGUACGCCUAACGGAAAAGCCGAUGGGCGGUGUACGGGAAUCAGACCGUUUGGAGCUUACUUGUAAAACCAGUUCUUGCCAUCCGCCUGCCGUGAUUCGUUGGUUUGAAGUGCCACCGAAACCGAAGCUUUCGAAUCAGGCAACAAACGAACUGACGGAUUUAGCCCAAAUUGAUACGAGCCCCGGUGAAUACGGUGGAACUAGUGUAUCGAGUACACUGGUUGUCAGCAAAACCUACCGAUCCCAACAGCAUACAGUGUUCCGAUGUCAAGUGGAGCAUCCGGGGUUAGAAAAGCCGAUAAUCAACGAACAUCGAAUGCAAGUUUUAUACCCACCGACGGUUCAGCUGAUAACCGUACCCGAAGAACCUGUUGUUGGUCAGACAGUCACACUGUCUUGUCAAACCUCUGGUGGCAACCCUCAAGAUGGAUUCAGUUUCUCAUGGUUUGCAGGAAGUCGUUCCCAAUUUGCCGAGCUACUGGAUAGCAAGCAUGAGAAUACGGCAUCUGAUAAGAAGCCAGUGAGAAACGACAACCGAGGACUUACGACACAACAAAGAAAGGAAUUCAAUCAAUUGAGUAAAUCCUCACCACCGGAAAUUGAUAAAAUGGUCAGCAUGACUGUCUUCCAAGAUUCGCAGUUAAACUUCACAAACGUCGGUCUGUCUCAGCGGGGUUGGUACGCCUGUGAAGUGUCCAGCAGUGGGGGAAAAGCUCAUGCAUCAUUCUUCUUGGACCUCUUCUAUCAGCCGAUACUGGAUCGGCGAACAAAGCAAAAAGUAGCUGCACACCUCGGAGAAACUGUUAGUUUUGUUGCUCACAUGGAAGCCAAUCCUCCUUCAGUUGAAGUAACCUGGUUUCAGCUGAACAAUGUUGUUCAGUCAAGCGCCCCAUCUGGAUAUCCACGCCACUAUGAAACGUUCUACGCAUCCGGAUACCCAUAUCAUGGUUACGACGACUUUUACGAAUACCGUGUUCGUCGGGCAUCAGCGCUCAAUCGAACCAUCCGCAGCUUACUAGACCAAGGCCAGUCUCGUAUACAGGUUGGCAAUGGAAUGGGAGAAAAGCACCACAUUGUGGCAGAAAAGUCAGAUGAGAACAACUUGACUUUUUCGCUCAGAUUCAUGGGAGUUCAAACGUCCGACUUUGGUGGUUAUCUUUGUCAAGCCCGACAUCGACUUGGUGUCAAAGAAUUCUAUUUCCAGCUAAUAAAAAGACCAGAUACAGAUGGUAUCAUCCCCAGCUCCAUCAAUGUAACCCAGCGAGGGCCGAUCACAAUCGUUCGGUACAAACCGCCUGAAAAGCCACCAUAUACGAGAAUAGUACUUCGCGUUUGUCGUCGAGAUGCACUUCUCAACGGGAAAACUGGUUCGAGUGCCACAGAUACCAGCAGGCCAAUAAGACAAGGCGUGAACGUCGAUAAGCUCGAAAACAUAGGGCAACCUGAAGACAAAGAUCCAACAGCCAAAAUGAAAUCAAAUCAGGUUGAGUUGGGGCCGAGCAUUGGCUGUGAGGACUACCAUGUGGCGAAGCCUCAGUCCGGAGAAACAGAGGUCCAACUCUCUGAUGCCGUACAGUUGUACAAUUUUCGGCUUCUAAUGUAUCAGGGUACGCGAGCAGUAAGAGAAACACCUCCGGUUCUAUGGCAACCUGAAGUUGGUGACCGUGAAGUGAUUUUGGGGACACCACUGAUGGCCUUGGCGGUUACGGGGGCCCUCUUGUUCCUCAUUCUCGCGCUUGUUCUGGUUGGACUAUUUGUUGCAUGCCGGAACAGAAAAAAAGCUGGUGUGUUGCCCAGUUCAGCGGAAUUAAAGAGCAGCUAUCCAGGUGUCACUUCACAUGCCAAUCCAAGUGGCCCUGGCAACGAGACGGAAAUGCGUUGUCUUCGAAGAUGUGGUGGUGGACUAGAGAUGCCUAGUGAAAUCGGAUCAAUGAGAAGCUUUCAACCCAGCGAGAAUGACACUGCUCUACUUAUGCAUCAAACUGCUUCUAGUCCGAACGGAACAUUCGACAAGAGGACAAGCCACCUAUCUCCACCCAAUUCCUAUAUGACCGAAGGAGACUAUGGGAGUCUUCCUUGCCACCCAUUUUCAGUCAACAGCGGUUCUUCGGCAACUAACAUGACGUUGUUAAGCAACCAAAUUAUCACUGAGGCAUACCUGGCUGCUGCGAGAGCAGCUUCAGCCGCUGUAGCUGCAUCCGUUGUUAGCGGUAGUACAGAUGUUUACACACCGAGUACGCAGCUUACCGGAGACAUGGAUUCCUCCACUUUUGAAAUGGCUGAACGAGAUAAGAUAAUAGCACGACAAGAUGGUCCACAAACGGAAGAAGCACAACAACAUCACGAUGCAAACGGAUUUGCAACUGGGGAUUUGCUCCACGACAAGUCGACGCCUCAGAAAAGAAGUCUGCUUGCGAACUGUUCAGCAUCACAAGAGAAUGUAACCGGAGGACUGAAGACCGGUCCAGGACAAGAACGACGUCGAUCCGAGGCGAUAAGUACAAAUGUAAGGCAAGGUUCUCGACUAUCUGUCCAAACGAGGUCAUCGAAUUCACACUCUCACUCACAGUGGGGCAGUGUCGUCUCCGGUGCCUCCUACUCCAGCUUGAAUCCAUCCAGUCAGACAAAUCUGGAAGCGGCGGUCAGGGCCGCGGCUGCAGCUGCGGUGGCUUCGGUAGUGCAAAACGUAAACAUCGGUUUGCUGAUGCAACAUGCUUCCUCUGCCACCAACUUGAAUAUGCCGUAUGGCCUACCACGGCCCUCAUCAAGGGCAGCUUCUGUAGUUGGGCAACCUAUCGGGCAUCUGCUAGGCAAACCUGGCACGGAAAGCGGCGAUGGCGAAAGUCUGCAUUCGGCCGUAUUCGGAUCCCGCUACUUACCAAAUAAUUGCAGUUCCACUGGUGAGCUGACUCCAACCGCAAGCUUACAUCAAUUUGAGAUCCCUUUACUGACGAUGCCUUGCUCGCAACAACUUCCUGUGUCGCAUCGACCUCAUCCUUUGCAACGUUCUCCACUUCAUGCAAAAGAGGUAGGCUCAGCAUGUCGACCUGGGAGUGGUGGUAAAACAUUUGGCAAUUUUCUACGCCCAAAUUCAGGUGGGAUAUCGAGACAAGACAGUCACACGCAUCUUCAGUUACCACCACGAGAACCUGUUGCGCACAGAAAUCCAGCACUCAAGGCUUCCAUUGCCAGCGCACUCAACGGCAGACCGCGAACACCAAUGCUUCAACAAAUCACGCCCUUUUAUCCCCAUCCAGCGCAACCGACGGGAAAUAUGCUUUACGGAGUUGGAUACGUUAGUUCACAGGAGUCUCAACCGCAAAUGCAGCCACAUCAGCAGCAGUAUAUGCAGCGACCUCCAGGAAUGGGUUACCAGCAAUUUACUCAGUCGAUGCACUCCUAUCCUAUGAUCACACAAUAUCAAGUUCAGCCUGUCUAUUAUCCUCCACAUCCUUCGCAAAACCCAAUACAAGCACCAAGACAUCCAAUGAGGCAACGCAUGCAGCUGCAUCCGCUUCAGCAACAGGAGCACCGACAAAAUCUAACACUCAAUGUGCCAAUGACGGUUGGACCAAAUUUGAAUCAGACACACAGUGAGACAGAAGAUAAAAACAAGAGUCGAAAAGUUGAGUAUACAGUAGCUCCCCAGCUACACUCACCCAGUGAAUCAAACUUAUCUGCAAUGUGCAAGAACGCCGUCAUCCCUGAAACACGCGAAAGUGGGGAAGGCCAGUUAUGCAUGGACGAAUCAAGCCCUGUUCAACCGGUCACAGUUUCUCAUGAAGCAGAGACCUCGAAAGCACCAGAACAUAUCUCGCGUGAAAACAGCGUGGAUAAGUCCGAGAUAGCCAGUACUUUAGAGAAGUCUGACGAAAGUACCAAGAAUUCGGAGAAAAGUGAAUCAACGAUGACUCCAACGCGAAGGACGCACACUCCAAAACAUGUUAUAUCAUCUAGCAGUGAGUUCCUCAACCACAGUACGAUGCCGAAACCGGGAGAGGGCAACCCUACUAACUCUUCACUUCGACAGUCCCCGAUGGGAGCAUCGUUUCAUGUGCUUGGGAACGGUUUCGGAACAGCUGAUGGCGACCCUGUACAGAACGGAAGCCAUCUAUCGAUGUUGGCAAGCCCAUCUAUUUCUCGGGCAUCCCAUUUACCACACGGACAGUAUAAACAACAACCCAGACUUGGAGUCUAUUCAGCAACACGGCUGAAUAAACCGAGCGAGCGAGUCACCCUGUCGACCACUGAACAUACUCCUUUAAUGAUCGAUUCUAAACUUCGAACGGAUACAGCCUUGAACAGUGCACAAACCACUCACAAUGACAAUCAAACUUCUGUUACUAACGCACUUGAAGCUGCAAGUCUCUAGACAGACUGAAAUCGUUUACCAGUGUCUAUAAGCCCCCUUGGUCCCCCUGGAAACAAGCGCUAAUUGACAGGUCACUUGUGUACUGCUAUUUACACUGUGACACGUUUACUCUACCUCGACUGCGCUCUGUCCCAUUCUUCUAGAUUUAAAGGUGAGCGAAAGCAUAAUGUAUACAAACUCAGACUUUUGUAUGAAAAACAUAAUCUGUUACACUAAGAAGCACAUCGAAUUGCUACUCUGUGUCCCUUGUUUACCCCGAUGAAAAACUACACAUUCAGCCCACUUUUUGUAUCAUAAUUCUCACUCACUCUUCUAUACCCGAAACAAUGUAAAACCAGCUUCCAUUAUGUAGGUAUUUCGUUCGAUUUUUCCAAACUCUUUUUCCCAAUGCACACGUAUCGUAACAGUGCUAAAAUCUUCUGACCGAUUGACCAUAGUCAGCCACAAUAAUCAACGAACUUCAGCGAAAUGUGAUGGAUGUAGUCACUGUGCUUUUGACCAAUCUAACCCUGCGAAACAUCCUGCUUUUUGAAAUAAAU